AUGAACUGGAAAAAGAACGACAACAGCCAACAGUACUUUGAUAACCAUGAAGACGCCAUUGGAGAAGAAAAUGUUCCAGAUGAUGAAGAUGAUUCUCCAGAUGACGAUAACAAUAAUGAUGAUGAAGUGGAUGACCACAUUCCCGGAGAUAGAAAAAAGAGCAUAUCCUCAUGGAAUUUCUGGACCACACAGAGAGACUCGACAAAUUCUGCCGAGGACUUGAACUCCGACUCCAACCUUGAUAACAACAAUGAGGAGCCAAAAGAUAAGGCUAACAAGAAAGAUAAUAAUAAUAAGAAGAAGGAGAAGGAGGAAAAGAUCAAUACGAACGUUUCCAACACGAUUCUACCAUCGUCUCAGCAGCUAGUUCCACGACCAGAUGUGAAUGAUGAAAAUCCUGCCAAUCUGGAAGAUGAUGCUGUUUUGUACAAACCUCACGAUGAUGCUAAACAAUUUAGCAAAAUCAACACCCACAAAAACGAAAACUUGAAGGAAAACGUAAUUGUGCCCGACUGGGACACCUGUUUGCCUAACCAAGCCUCAAUUAUUUCUGGGAGUCAUCUAACAUCUACAUUGUUUGGUAGCACUUCCACCUCGAACCAGAACAAUACCAAUAGUAAUAAGGUGGAUUUAACCAACUGGAGAACGUUUUUGAGCCAAUUGUCCACAAAAUUGGGAUUCAGCUCCCACACUUUGACGAGUGUCAUGGAAGAUGAAUCUGAUGGCCCAGAAGAGAUGUCGGACAAUUCAGGGGCCUCUAAAGACAAAUUAGAGAAGGAGUUUAAUUUGUUGUACGAGAGGACGUACAAGCUUUAUGGAAGAUCAUUGGCCAAACUACCAAGCCACAAGAGAGCGUGUCUACCCAAUUAUAACAAGUACUAUACCAAGUCCAGUGACAGUACCUAUUCCUAUAAUCAAGAAACACAAAUAGAGGAAGAUGCCAAUGACCCCAACUCUAUAUCCAUCACCAAUGAUCCGAUGGGAAAUCUCUUGAUAAACCACAGGGGCACCGGCAGAUCCGGGAAACCCCCGCAAAUCAGACAAGCUGAGAUCGUGCGUCAUAAGGGCAGUUCGUUAACGAAGAUCAAGAAGAUCUUGAUUAUCGGAGUCCAUGGAUUUUUCCCUACAAAGAUGAUACGACCUCUUAUUGGUGCGCCAAAAGGAACGUCGUUGAAGUUUGCCAAUGAGGCUGAAAAGGCCAUGAUCAGGUACUGUAUUGAGAAUAGGUUGAUCGACGAGAGUGAUUCUAAGCAAGUCAGUAUCCAGAAGAUCGCCUUGGAGAAAGAAGGAAAGAUUCUUGACAGAGUAGAAUUUUUCACUGAGAUCUUGAUCAAAUGGCAACAGGAGUUAAAUGAUGCGGAUUUGAUAUUUGUUGCAUCCCAUUCUCAGGGUUGUGUGGUGUCGAUUAUUUUGUUGGCCAAGUUGAUUCGUAUGGGAAUCUUGAAAGAUGCCAUCAACAAGCGAAUUGGAAUCUUGGGAAUGGCCGGAAUUAAUAACGGCCCAUUUUAUGGAGUCGACAAAUCUUUCUUUAUGAAGGCCUACUCUGCACUUGAACACGACUCGUUAAUGGAAUUGUUUGAGUUGACCAAGUUUAACAGCCAACAGUCGUUGGUAUACAAAGAGUCUAUACAGGUGAUUAUCAACUCAAACAUCAAAAUUUGCUUCAUUGGGUCCAUUAAUGACCAAUUGGUACCGUUGUAUAGUGCAGUUUCGGCGCACGUCUAUCAUCCCAACAUAUACCGUGCGUGUUAUAUUGACCACUCUUCCCAGACCCCAUUGUUUAUUCAAAAGCUUGUAUCCCUUUGUUGUCAACUACAGAACAUGGGAUACUUUGAUAACAAUGUUUUGAAGGAGCUAAGCACUGCAUUGGCUGGACCAUUAACAGGUGGGGGCCACUCAAAGCUUUAUAAUGACGGGAAAGUGUACGAUUUGGGAAUCAAGUUCGUGUUGGACACGGAUGACAUUGUGCUCCCACCGACGUCGAGCUCCAAGUUAUCCAACACGGAACCGAGCUACGAGGUCAAUAGCCUACCCAAACAUGAAGUUGUCACUACCGGAAUAGGCAACUAUGGCUCGCUUCCCACAGAUUUGUCUGCAACCGAAAUAGUCAAGUUGCCAAGUACCAACCAGGUUUACAUCAAGGAGUUCAACAUCAGCAAGAUAGGCACCAACCCCUUCAUCUUACCUUGGUGCUUACGGGGCUUGUUGUUUAACAUAGAAAAGAAUUGGCCCAAUAAUAACAAACUACUCAGUGUGGACAAGGGUAACGAAAUGGGCAAAACUGGAUAUGAUGAGAUUAACGAAUUGUACGAGUUAUUUGAUGAUUGGAAACCUGAGAGUAAAGUUCUUAAAGAAUUGAAGUUUCGAAUGAAUGGGUUACGGGCCAGCAAGCUUUAA